AUGUCAUCUACUGCUUUUCCUGUACUAGCAUCUAUUCUUACAUCGGCUAAACUUUUAUCGUCGCCAAUUGGUACUCUAACAGUUAGUUGUGCAGCGAUGAACAACGUGAUGGGUUGGUGUUCAUUGACGCUUGCUGGCACAUUUGCCAAAGGGUCAGGUAUUGCUGGCUUGUGGGUGAUUUUAAUUUCUGUUGGUUAUGUUCUCUUUAUGUUUAUUAUUGUUCGAUGGUCCAUUAAUCGAGUACACACAUUUUUAAUUCAACGUAAUAAUGAAAUAAAUCAUUCAUUUCUUAUUGGUAUAUUUCUUCUUCUUAGCUUGCAUCAUCGUUUUUUUUGUGAUACACUUGAUAUACAUUCAUUUUUCGGUGCAUUUAUUGUCGGUGUUAUAUGUCUGAAAUCAGGACAAUUUACUCUUGAAUUAUUUGAAAAAAUAGAAUUGAUCACGGUUGAAUUGUUACUACCAUUAUUUUUUGCUGCCAGUGGCAUGAGAACAAGUUUAGGUUCGUUAAAUGAUAAAUUGUACGGUGAUAUAACUGUAGUUAUUUUUGCUGUUGAUACUCUAGCUAAAUUUCUGCCAGCAACUUUGAUGACCAAAUGUGUAACAAAACGUUCAUGGAGAUUCUCAACGAGCGUUGGUAUACUAAUGAAUACGCGAGGUUUAAUAGAACUUAUUGCAUUAAAUAUUGGCCUUCAACUUAAUAUUCUUUCACCCCGCCUCUUUACUAUGUUUCUUAUAAUAGCGCUUGUAACUACAUUUAUGACAAGUUCACUACUUUGGCUUGUCUAUCUUUGA